AUGUUCCGCAACAGAAAGAAUUCCCAGAAGCCAGACGACCUCCUCAUCCAGAAAUUUCGAAAGACCUUCUCAGAUAUUGUUUUCCCAGUCGUCCACCGCAAUGCCACGCGCUUCGGUCAGACGCCCAUUGGACCUAUCACUCUGACUAGGCGGGAAAUGAAUAAUGAUACGAAGCUCAGUGAUUCUACGCCCCGCACAACAGAAGACAUGCGGUUUCCAGCUCCCUAUACCGAUCCGAACGCUGUCUCUUAUGUAAUCCCGCUACAACCACAUAGGAGCUCCACGCCCAAUUCAGGUAGACUGGGUGCCGUGUACCAUAGUCAAGCGGGGGAAUUGCAUUUUCCUGUGAUGGGUCUGAGUAUGAUUACUCCGCUCUCUCUCCCGCAGCAGCUGUUUGCUCAGCAGCCAACCUUUGCACCCACGGCUUUCGUUCAGAGUGAUGCAGGUUACGAUACCAUGGAUGAGUCUGUUGAAGAACACUCUCUAAAUAAUAUGGAUGUGCAGAGUAACACGCCUUCUCACAAUCUUGUAUCAUCAAUUCAAGACGAUCAAGCGAGCAUUAUGAACCCAGGUGAAACUCUUUGCUAUCGCAUCACUUUGUGCGUACCUACAGCAAUGAUCAAUGACCAAGCCGAGAUCCCAGUUACUUAUCUUAACAAAGGCCAGGUGUACUCGGUGUCUGUGAUUGAUUGUAUACCGCCCUCCAUGACUAUGCGAUCGAUCAAAUAUCGAAUCUAUAUCCAUUUCAGUCUGUUGAAGGGUGUUGAAGGUAUCCCAGUCAGAUUGUGUGCGAAGACAGAAAUGCUAUCUCCGGAUUAUGCAAGCUCAACCCCGGGCAGGGAGGCAGAGGUAUACUACUGCAAGGUCAAGCUUUUCCAUGACCAUGGGGCUGAGCGGAAGCUCUCCUGUGAUGUCGCUCAUAUCGCCCAAGCUGAGAUGGGCUCCGGUAACUGCGGCAAGCGUAAGUAUAGCAAUGGCUUGGUUGUACUCAAGGGCGCUGAUCCCCGCCCAGCCAAAAUUACCAAGUAUAAACGGGUACGGCCCAUGGGCUUGCAGGACGGCCCUGGCAAAAUGCGUUUGGAAGGUGAUCUCCAUGCGAAGCUUGCCUUAAUGCAAGUCCUGGGCGACAUGGUCACGCUAAAGUAUCCUGUCAAAGUACCGAAGUUCACUUUAACCGUCGGUAACGCCAACAUGGGAUACAUAGAGGCAGUAGACAUUGACCCAAAUUAUCAUCCACCGGCGGAGCGACCAGUAAUCUCAAUCGCUUAUUUCUACGUACGAUUUCCUUGUAACGAUCGGCUUUCGGAUGACUAUUACCGGGCCGUCUAUCUGACUGAGCGGACAGUUCGCGAUCUGAUCGAGAAGAUUACCAUAAAACAGCGCAUUGAUCCGCAGCGUGUAGUGCGUGUCCUCCAUGUCAAGCAAAAUGGCCUCGAAAUAAUGGUGGAUGAUGAUGUGCGCGAGCUUCCUGACGGCCAGGACAUGAUUGUUGAAAUGUCCGAGGUAUCGUCAUUCAAGAACGCCGCAGUUACGGGGCCAGGAAAUCCUAGUUCAGCCCUCGAGCUCAAAUUAAGCUACUAA